UAAACGGUAGACCUUUACGUUAAAAAGUAGUAAUAGCGGCAUUGACGUGCAUCAGGCUAUUCGCCGCAAUUUGCGGAAACGUGGUGCGCCACCCGCUGUGGCGCACUGCAGUUCUAUUGCGCUUUUGAGCUUUUUUGAUCCAUGUUUAUGGCUAGUUGCUUUUGCGAAGAAAGUUCAUGCCCCUAAAGCGGGCCGACCCAGGAAACCAACUUUGGGGUCGACUUCUUUUCCUUGAGGAGGGCCUUUCUAUCUUUUCACGAGGAGCUUUAACAGAGAGCGGCGUGGGGCUCCUGGACUGCUGAGUUCUUGCAAGCUCUCCACAGCAAAAUGGCCUCCUCGAACAGCGCAAGCGGCCCUGCCAAGGCCGACGAUGGCGUCAAAUUUACAAUUACUGUGCAAUGCAACGUUGGGGGCGAGAAGAGGGCGGUCUCCUACACGGUAUUCAAGCGGACGCUCAUGAGCCAGGUGUUCGACAGCAGCGUGCAGUUUUUCAAGUUGGACCCGUCGCAGGUGAUUCUGGUCGUCAAAAACAAAGUGGCCCUUACGCAUAAGUGUGUUGAGGACUACAGGUUGUCAGAUAAGAGCGUGCUGGACUUGAUCAACCUGAAGGAGGCCCCUACAAUCGAGCUUACCCUGCGAGAUCAAGCAGGCAACAGCAAGACGCUUACAGCGUCAACCUUCCAUCCCCUCUCAGACGUCGUCAAGGCGUUCUGUAAGCACCUCGGCGAGGAGACGGGGUUCUCAGACCUCUACCACGGCGGCAUCGCACUCGAUCUGGACGCCUCGCCUGCCAGCAUCGGACUCAAAACCGGGGAGCAGCUCUUCUGCUACUGCUACAAAGCAGCAUGCAAGCAGCACUGGGUGGCAGCAGGCAAGCCGGAGCAGGCCAAAAGCCUGCGCUUCAUCAAGUUCUACUUCUCGGACUGGAAGUACGGCUACAAAACGUUUCCCAUCUUCCGCCACGACAUCAGCACGCCCAUGGAGGUCCUGAUUAAGACCUUUUGCGCCUGGCGCGGGCUCGAUUACGAGCAGACGGGGUUCCUGUAUUCGUACACCUACAAGCAGGUGCAGCAGGGGGACACUGCCACGAACAAGGCGCUUGCAGAUGGCGACACAAUCCUAGCCUACAGCCGACAGGAGCUGCAGGGCCGCCUUUGGGACGCGGUGCUAGCGGGUGCCUGCCAGCCGGUGGUGGACCUGUUGGAGCAGGGCGCGGAGCUCUCCACCAGCAUAGGGCCCGAGGAGUGGGGCAAGCACCCGCUGCAUGCGGCGGUGGCGAACGGCCAUGUGGACCUGGUAAAGCUGCUGCUGCGGGGCGGGCCAGCUGCGGCAGGCGUGCCCGCGGAUGCGCAGCAGUCACAGCGGCUCUCCCAGCAGCGGCUGUCGUUGUUGUCGCGGGGAGCAGCGGAGCAGGGGCAGAGGGCUGCUGGUGGCGUGGAUGAUGUUGAUGAUGGGGACGACACGGAUACGGAGAGCAGCUCCAGCGGCAGCAGUACCACCAGCAGUGGCAGUACCACCAGCAGCAUCUCGGACAGCGGCCUGGGCUCCGGAUACGUCGGGUCGGGGGUGCAGCCUGGCAUCAGCAGUAACAGCUGCAGUCCCAGCGCUGCAGCUGCAGCUGCAGCUGCGGCGGCUGCCGCCCUGCUGAGCCCCAGCGGCGGGUGCGAUCCGAACCAGCUGGACUAUGCGAGCGACCCGCCGUUGUGGCAUGCUGUGGAGAACAACCUGGUGGAGCUGGUGGAGCUGCUGCUGGCGGCGGGGGCCACGGCGGCGGACAUUCCACCCAGGGACGGCAGGCCCAAGGACCAGGCUAGCACCGGGUACUCUGCCUGCCCGCACGCAGCUCGCAAGGGGCAUGCGGAGACGCUGCGUGUGCUGCUGGCCGCGGGAGCCAACCCCUGGCUGCCGGACGCGGACGGCUACACGGCGUACGACUACGCGUUGGAUCAUGCCAAGCCGCCCGCAGUGGUGGCGGCGCUGCUGGAGGGCGACCCACGGUUCGCGGAGAUGCAGAGGAGCUUCCAGGCCGCCUACCAGCGCAUGUGUCAGAUGCUCAAGCGCACGCAGCGCUACCCCGCCCUGGGCUGCCCCUGCCGCACCUGCAACAGCCUGCUGGAGAUACGCGCGCCGGAGACGGAGGCAAGCAGGAUGGUUCGCGAGCAGAUCGGCUGCGUGGCGCUGGUUCGGGCGGUGCAGGCGGGCGGGCCGCACUGCGUGGAGGUGAUGGAGCUGCUUCUAAAGCACGGGGCGCUGUUGGACGGACAGGACUACGACGGGCGCACCGCGCUGCACCAGGCCAUCCGCUACAACCGGCUGUCUGAGGCGGCGUGGCUGACCUCCAAGGGGGCGCACCUGGACAUCCCCGACUUUGAGGGACUGCUGCCGUUGCACCAGGCCGGCUGCUCCGGUUUCUGUGACAUCACCCGCCUGCUCGUGAACGCCGGCGCGCCGCUGAACCUGCACACCAUCAAAUACGUAUCCCAGGAGGCCCUGGACGCCCAGGCAAAGAAGCAGGCCGAGGGGCACCUGGGAUCCAAAAAGGCGAAGCGCAAGCAGCAGCUCGAUGUGUCCGGCCUCACCACCAUUGGCGGCAACUCGCCGCUCGCAUUGGCUAUCCGUCAUGGACAUGGCGCUAUCGUGGAGUUUCUACUGUCACAGAACGCGGUGUUUGAUUUGAAAAACGCGGCGGACAGCUCCGCCUUUCAUGCGGCGCUGGACAAGGGCAGCGCCGCCAUAGCGGGGCUGUUGCUGCAGCAUAUUAACAAGAAGGCGAGCGCAGGAGGGGGUGGUGGGGGCGGUGGAGGAGGAGCUGUAGCCGCAGCGGGUGCAGCAGGAGGAGGAGGAGCGGGGGGUACCAGCAGUGGAGCGGGGGGCCCUCGGAGCUCCCCUGCAAGCACGAGCAAGGCGCUGGCGACGCGCGAGAGGGACGGGCGGCUAACCAGGAAGGAGUCGAAAAGGGAGAGCAAGGAGGGCAAGGAGCAGCGUGAGAAGGACCGGGACGCGAGCAGUGGAAUUGCGAGCGGCGGGAAUGAGGCGGGAGGGCCGGGUGAUGGUGCAGAUGGGGCAGGAGGCGGAGCUGCGGCCGCUGUUGCGUCAGCUGCUGAGCCUGCUGUUGCUUUCGAUGCGGGUGCUGGGCUGCGAGAGAUGGUUUUAAAGGAGCGAGAGCGGCUCAGACAGCAGCUGGGCCUGAGCAGCAGCAGCGGCGCUAGCGCCGGCAGUGGCAGCGCUGGCUCCGGGCAAACGCCAGCAGAGCCCAAGCCCAUGUUGUCCAUCUUUGCGCGCAACGGCAGUGCGACUGCUGCCGUACGGCCCGCAACCGGCCCCUCGGUGCAGUCGUCUUUGACGUCCGCGCCGCUCCAACCCACGCCAGCAGCAGCAGCAUCUCAGGCGCCAGUGAGCGCAACGACUCCGGCAGCCGUUCCCGUUCCCUCGUCGCAACUUACAUCUGGCGAUAACGGCAGCAGCACUAGCACAGGCGCUGUCAGCAGUAGCAGUAACAGCAGCAACAGCGCGAGCGGUAAGAAUAGCGGUAGCAGCAGCAGCGCCGCGGGCGGUAGCUUCAGUGACAGCAGCAGCAGCGGCGGCGGCCUGGAAGGCAAGGGCUCUGGCAGCGGCAGCGGCAGGAGCAGCAGAGAGUCAUGCGAUUCCGGUGCCUCAGCGGUUGGCGGCUCCAGCGGGAGCUCCCCGGCACUCACUCCGCCUUCCUCCGCGUCAACAUCUCCCAAGGUGUUGACAGACGAGGAGGGACAGGCGCCGGGUGCCAUGCAGCAGGACAAGCAGCAUCCGCAGAAGCCGCAACCGCAGCAGCCACAGCAGCAGCAGCAGGGCAAGGGUACGGGUCCGCAGGCUGCGAUAGUUCCGGUGGCAGCGGCUCCCGCAGCGGUAAAGGCGUCCGAUGCCACCCCAGCACCUACCGCCUCGCCGGCCAA